CCCGUCCUAGAUAGAUCUGCUGUCGAGCCGAUAUUUGUACACACUAUAUCUAUAGAUGUUUAUGCCCCUCGUGUUAUCUUUCUUGUAUAUUACUUGUUGUGACCUAUGUUACUGAAAUAGUUAAGACAAUUUAUUAGUUCGUGUAGCUUGAGAAUAACGCCAAGCGUGAAGUUGAUCAUCUUCAUUCCGUGAACUGAGUAAGACUUCGCUGCUUGGUUUGUCAUCGUUGUCAGUGUGCAUGGGUGGAGGAGAGAACCCGCAACGGCAAAAACUCCUGAAGCAGAAAUUAUUCUAUUAAUCGUCUAAAAUAAGCUCAAGCUACAAGGAUGUUGGGGAAGCCGUUCGCGGUGCUUGUGGUGAUCGCGGCGGCGGUCGUCUGGCACACCCCGCCUACAGCAGCGCUCGACCUCCACCAGGUGCACAAGCUCUGCCAGGCUCGGGAGUUCUAUUCCUUCAAAAAGAAACUCUGCAACCUCUCCAGGCGACGGAAAAGAUCACUUGAUGACGAUGAGUUCAGUGUCGACUCUGCUGCCGACCCGAUGAGGUGGCUGCAUCAUACCUCAGAACCGGUUUCAUUGGACACGCGGCCUCGAGCAAUUGGGGGAUAUUCGCUCCAUGAAGGAUUGCAAGGCUCAAACCGAGAUGCCAGGCGCAGGCCAAUGUCAGUGCUGGACUUAUUUACGUUCCGUAUGUUGAACAACACCGAAGAUCGAACGCUGCUUGCCACGAACGGUAGAGCUAUUCAUUCUGUCGGGGAUUUGGGAUUUUUGUUCGACCGAGUAAACGUUGGAGAAGAAGAAUCACACAAUGAAUCAGAAGAAUCAAACAAAAGUCCAGCACUCACGGACUCGGGAGAAAACUGGUAUGAUAUACCAAGCGAUGAUAAACACGAUUCAUUAUCAAACCAGAUCAUCCUCGACGGUGAUUCGGGAACAUCCUCUGGUCCUUCAAACGGGCGGAAAAGGACAGUUCCGCCAAAUGAUAGUCCCCCUUUGAUUGAGUCGGGCGUCUGGUUUAGUCCAUCAAAUGUCGACAAACUAGGGUACAUGUCUGACAGAAGUCAACCUGCCGUCAGUUCAGAAGUCUUAUUUGUCCCAACAAGCGCCGAGAACGAGGAAUCCAUGGUCGAGGGAAGCCCUCCCAUCGUAGAUACGGAAACCUGGUACGACCCUUCCUUCACCGACCUCUACAACGCAUACCAACACGAAGACGACAACGGAGUUUACAGCAACCGUGGCGUGGCCUCCGGUCACGCCCCCAUCAGCGUCUUGCCGGGCUGGCCCGUGGAGGACGCCACCGUAGGCAUGCUACGCAAGCAUUGCUGCCUCUAUGGCUGCACGCUGGACCAGCACCUUCACAACUUCCUGUCUACUUGUAGUCCUAUUCCCUAAGCUUAGUCCCUUAGAGAAUUUCUGAGUUAAUUGUAUUAUAGUGAUUAUAUCAAGUUACUUCACAACUUCCUGACUACUUGUGUCCCUUAGAGAAUUUCUGAGUUAAUUGUAUUAUAGUGAUUAUAUCAAGUUACUUCACAACUUCCUGACUACUUGUGUCCCUUAGAGAAUUUCUGAGUUAAUUUUAUUGUAGUGAUUAUAUCAAGUUACUUGCGAAAUUCAUUGAUGAAACGUUUUGAUUCCUUAUUUCACUUUUGGAUGAUGAGGUGCUAAUAUUAGUCCUUUUUCAAGUAUUUCAAGUAUCGUAACAUAAAUAGACGUGGAAUUGAAUAAUGGAUAUGAGUGGGCUUUAAUUGCAAGAUAAUAAUAAAGGCAAGUGAAUUAGACUUAAAGUUCUUAGCUAAGAUGUAUUAAAUUCACUGAUUAUCGUUUAUAUAAUCUUAAGCCAUGUUUACGUCAUGCUCGCCCGUCUUCUUGCUUGGUGGCACGUCACCACCAUGACGCCUGCAACCGACGCGCCUUCAGCUGCAUUUUCUGGUCUGCGACCAACGGGAAAACUCCUGUAGUGAACUAGACGUUGCUUGUUGCUUGUCCGCGUUACUCUGUUGUGUUAGUCAUGAUAUCUCUGAAGUGCCGCGGUAUAUUUAGCAUACAGAAUAUAGGAGUCGGUUUCUAAUUCAUUUAUAUCGCUCGUCUUGAAUGUAUGACAUUUAUUUAGUGGUAUUUACAAUUUUUCGUAAGAUUAAGCAUUUCUUAUGAUUAGUCAUUACUUAAUACUAGUUACUUCUUGUGAUUUGUUACUGCUCACUUACGGUACUUGAGAUAAAAGAGAGUAAAUCCUUAUUUCUUUUAUCUUAACUGAGAUGUUAAUCAUAUAAAAUUAAGAAACUUAAUUGCUUUGUCAGUGUAAUUAAGCUGACAAAGUUUAUGAAACGAAUGAAAGUUCACAAUCAAAUCCUUAGUUUGUUGAUGUCACUUGUACACUAAUUACUGUUUUGCAUUGUGCUCACUUUAUUUAAUGCAGAUCAUGCAGUAGAUAACAACCUUGCAUCAUGGUAUUGCUUCCCGCAUUUAAAUAGGAUAUCGUAAUCCUGCAGUGCGGUCUGAUGGUAGCAUUUUUUAUUGUAUGAUGUUCUUUAUUUCGUGAAAUUGUUUGUGUGAAAGAAUCAGGGAAGCAUUGAUAGAUUUUUAAUUAAAAAGUGCACCAAAAAAUAAUAACUAUUGUAAAAUAACCUUACGCUUAUUCUCAGUUUAGCGAUGUAUUCGUGAACACUGAUAAAAGAUUUUGAUUCCUAAACUUUCUACAAUGUGUUUAAAUUAUGUGUUUUACAUAAUAUUUAACCUCGCAUUGCAUUAUUAAUUAUUUGGUAAAAUACUCACAAGAUAUUUUUCGUUUUCAUCCAAACUCUACAAGGUUAUAUAGUGAGAAAACCCUCCCAAAUACUUAUACGAUUUUUUUUAAAGACAUUUCAAUGUGAUUACCUUUGCGAUCUUCCGUUUCUGUAGCACUCAUGGAGUACGGUGAUCGAGUGGUCAAGUGCCUCUGCAUUAAGAUUUAUUAGGUUACUUCCUAACAAUAUUCUUUCGAUGAAAUGGGGGUUUGAAUUUUCGCGUGAAGUGCUGGAGUGUGUAUUGAACGCAGCUUUUUCAAAUAAAUUGAAUUACAUCUA